AUGCCUUUGAUACUCGUGCCUUUCGACCAGUCAAUGCGACUUGGCCAGGGCUAUAACACCUACCUCCAACAAGUGUGCAUGGAGAAUGUCGUAUCAUUCAAGGAAUCCGCAGAGCACAAACUCACUGCUCCUGGGCCUUUGGUCGGGCCUCGACCGAACGGCGAUAUUUCUCCUGGCGGCUCAGCAACAACUCCACCUACUGGUGCCGACCAAGUUGGCAAACCAGGUGGCAAAGCCCUCGAAGCCGCGGAUCCGUCAACAGGUGCUACCGCAUCCGAGGAGAUUCCGGACAUCAAGAAUAUCAAAGAGCACGUCAAGCUCCAUCCGAUCACGCCCGACGACACCAUUCCCCAGGUGGUAGAUUACAAAACGACCGUGACCAACAAAGUCUCUGAUGCACUGGAGAACCUCAACAUCUCGGCCGCGGCCUCGGUGAAGUUGGGAACAGUGACGGCAAGCGGUAGUGGCGCCUUUGUGCAAGAGGACAAGGUCAAACAGAGCAGUUUAACCUAUAUCUUGACCGUCAAAGUCAUGAACGACCUCGCGCAGCCUGAUACAUCUGCCAUGACGUUCAACAAGGUCGAGUCCGUCUAUGGCAGCAAAGAACAGUUUGUCAAUGCUUAUGGAGACGGGUUCAUCUCCGGCUGGGUCAAGGGUGGAGAGUUCAAUGCCAUCGUUAGCAUGGUUACUAAAGACACGGACAGCGCCGAGCACAUCAAGGCGCAGCUCAGCAUUUCGAUGAGCGCAUUUAAGGGUGAAGGCAAUGGCGGCUUCGACAAAACAAGUAGUGAAUCGCUUAGCGAGGUCAACUAUGCUGUGAACUGGAGAGGAGGUGGUCAGGUCAAAGAUCCUCAGCAACCGUGGAACAUGGCCAGCCUGUUCCAAGCAGCCACGGAAUUUCCGGCCCGGGUUUCAGCGCAUCCAGAAUACUGCUACGCCAUCAUCACCAAGUGGGACCACCUGAAGGACUUCCACAAGUCCGCUCCGAGCUGGUGGUCCUCAAGCCUGCUCGAUUACGAUAUGGCCUCGACCUACACGAACGACCUGCUCGAUCAAUUCUUGGAGUACAAAACUCUGCUCAAGCAGCUCAAUGACAUUGUCCGCAGCAUGCCGGACUACCAGGUGGCUGCCUCGCCACAGGCUAUCCCUGUGGAGAUCCAAGCCCUUCUCCAGACGAAGAAGCAGAUCAAGAAACAAAUGGCACUUAUCACCCAGGAGGUUGAUUACGUGACCUUUGACCCACACCGCGCGAUUGAUGCCUCUCUGGCCCUUGCCGACGAGGACCGAAAUCCCCAAGCCACUUCAGGGCCCCCGUCUUCGAAGUCGUCAGACUCGGCGGUCGUCGUCGCCAAGCCCAGAACAGACGAAUUGGCGUCGAGACCCGCAGCGCCUACCACUGAAAAGCCGCCUCCGCCGUUCCCGAAUAUCGUCGAUCCUCAGUUAUUCGCAUUCGGCCUUCCGGUCCGCAAGACCGAUCCCAAUGCCGGUGUAAACCAAGGCACAAAGCCGAUGAUCAUGGCUGGAAAUCCGAAGGCAUACCGCACAGCCGCGGGACUGACUGAAAUAUUCGCCGUAGCAGGAGAUGGUCAUCUUUACCGGAAGUGGAUCAACGAGCCACAGCAGGGUCCAGCAAGCAGGUCAGCGCCCGGAAGCUGGGAGCUUUUCACACCCAACGACAGCAUUGUGCUUGCUACCGACCGUGAGAUUGGCGCUAUCUACAGAGGUAACGGCUCGAUAGACAUUCGCGACAUCUUUGCCCUGGGUGCGGACCGCAAACUCUGGCGGAAGACCUACACCAACGGAGCGUGGCAAUCAUGGAAAAAGGUCACCGACACCAUCUAUCAUUCCGGACCCACUGUCGUCAGCACCGGCCUCAGCCGAGUCGAUGUCGCAAUCCGUACCUCCGAAGCCCACGUGGAGUGGCUCAAAUGGGACGCAGAUGCGUCAGAACCCACAGUUGUCAGCUUUGGCUCGUACGCCAUCGGCCAGCCGUGCCUGCUGAACCUGGUGCAGAACAGUGGCCCCAGUCGGCUGUUUUGCCUGACCAGUGGCGCGGACCUGGGGACCUUGUACAGGUUCACCCUCCAGGACGGGCAGGACCCAGGAGCAGGGGAAAGGAUGGAUGAGAACGCUCGUCCAGAUCUGCCAAUGGCAGCAGCCAGUCUGCCUUGGACUCCCGACACGGCAGUUCACCUGUGGACCGGCAACGGUGAGUCAGGAACCUGGAUUGCCCUGCAUACCUGGGAUCAGCCAUACUCCAAGACCAAGCCGACCCGCAUCCAACUCGAGAGCAGGUUUAUGUUUUCGGCGCCGACCGUCGCAGUCACGAAUGACAGGUGCUUCGUCUUCGCGAUCAGAGGCGCCGACGUGCCGAGUGCGACCGACGGCAACUUGAAGGGCAGCGUUGUUUGCCACAUGGCCGACAAGAGCUUGACCGCCGACCAGUUCGGAGCCAACAAUGCGAAGGCCACCAAAGUGAUCUCGCAGCAGGUUUUCAACACCCCUUGCGCUAUUGCGUAUGGAGCCCGGGUCGAUGUGUUUGCUUGUGGCCCGAACGGGAAUCUAUGGAGAAGCCACUUUGACGGCAGCAGUUGGACCAGUCUCGAUGAGGCCGUUUAG